AACUCCUGGUUACAGUUUUUAAUCUAUAUUCAAGAAAAAAAGAAAAAAGAAGAAAAAAAAAACAAUAAAUAAAAAACCCACCAAACAAACAAACAAACAAAAAACAACAACAACAAUAACAAAAAAAAAAAAAACCAUGUGUUGGACUUUGUAUCUUAUGGAGGAAUUUGACUUUUUUCCCCUUCGGAGUAAGUUUCGAGCUGCCUGUCUCCUUUUUUCAACAUUUACCAGAGUUGGCUGAUUCAAGCGCUGUCUUCUUACGCACGGAGAGCACUUCCUGCUCCAAACCUGUCCGACAGGUACGCCGACUUACUCAAGACGAAACAUACUAUGGACGGAAAUUUACCGAAGUUUUGACGCAAUUUAGAGGAUUUUUUCUAUCUUCACCGGAGUGGGUCCACCUUCAGAUCCAAUUAUGUGUCGAGUGGACUCAAGAAGGACAGCUAUAAAUGUAGUGGUGCUGCUGUAUUUGUUUGGCGUUUUCGGCCUUUCCCACGUUUCCUCCAUUAGAGUGACCACUCCACCAGAGCUCCAUGCAGCUAAAGGGGAUAUGGUUAAGUUGCCCUGCACUUUUACCUCUAUAGCAAACCCAACAAGUAAAAUGCGUGUCAGCUGGUCCUAUACACCACAGACUGGAGGUUCAUCACUGGUGUUUUUCCACUUCUCCUCUAAAGCUGAACCUCCAAAGAGUGGUCAGUUUGCUGGUCGCAUCAAAUGGCUGGGAACCCCGGCAAAUGGGGACGUCUCCAUCUCCCUGAUCAAUGCCACUCUGAAUGACAAUGGGACAUACACAUGUGACGUCACAAAUCCCCCAGAUGUCUUUGGCUCCCCAAAGUCACAAACUGUUCUGACAGUCACUCCAAAGGCUGCGACCAUCCGCUUCUCAGAUGUUGCUGUGCUUCUCGCCUUUAUCGUCAUCCCCUCUGGCCUCAUUACCUUCUUCCUGAUUGGACGGAUGUUGUGUCCCAAGAAACAGUACAACCAAUCAAAGGCCUACAGAUCACCGAUAGAGGUCACAGAGGGAGAGGAAAAUGGUGGCUACCCACAGGCAGCCUACGUACAGAGCACCACUUGCUGUAACAUGUGUCUAAUGGACUCUGACGAUGAGGAUGAAUACUACAGUAUGCAGAAGAUGCAUCCCAGAGAAGAGGAGUAUGUUGAAUCUCAGUGCUAACAUCCACGGUGAUAGCUGUUUAAAAACUUCAGCCACUGGACAGAAAACAAAACUGGCCUUCUUGAUUGGCAUUUGGUCAUAAAGUUUACUUAAUUCUUUUUUUUUUUUUCAUUUUUAGAAAUUGCUCCACCCCAAUAUUUACCACAAAUAUUAGAUUUUCUUUUGACAGCUGAGGUCUGACAGAAUAAUAAAAAUCCUUCAUUCAUUUGUGGAUUAUGGUGUCGAUACCUUAUUUUUUCUGCAGAAGAGUUACUAAAUCUCACACCCUUAAAUCAGGUGGAACCUGACAAAACAAGCCAGCCGAACACUGUAUAUAUAUAUAUAUAUAUAUUUUUUAUCUUUCUGAUUUAACUAUUGUAUGUCAUUUUGUUAUUGUGAAACAUAUGAAUGUGUUUAUUUUGUUUUAUUUUUUUUUCUAAUUUAUUGCCUGAGAGAGCGGCUGUAUUCAUUCUGUCUUUGAGUAGCUGUGGGACCAUUUUUGGUGUUUGCUUGAGAUUAGGACAGAAUAAACAUUUUGAUUUAAAACUUC